ACCAAACGAUACCUAAGCGAAGAGAAGACUUUUAUUGAGGUAGCAAAACAAAGCGACUCCUAAACAAGCACGUAGCGGACAAGGGAAUGAAAAUACCGGGGAAUUCAGGGUUUCUGGUCCGAGAGUUGCUUGGCUAUGGCCGCAGCAAGCACUGUGCAGGUCUUGUUCAUCAUCAUCUUAUGCUACUCUCCUCUAAUUCGAUCCAAAGGCAAGCGUUCAAAACACUAACCCUUAACCUAACGUCAAUUCCAACCACACCAUCUUCUUCACCGCACACAUUUCUUUCCACUUCCAUUCACUCCCUAAGCCUUGAGAUUUUUCGGCAACAGCGACGUCUCUUCUCGUCCUCCUCAUCCUCAGGCCCCUCAAACGUUAUCCUCCUCGAUAUGUACGAUGAUUUUUAUUUUCAACUUAAUACUGUCGAUGAGGGAUCUUUGUCAGCAGUUUUCUACUUCACUACAAAUGACAAGUCCGAGGCCAACAAUUUUGUAAUUCCAAUCCUCAUAGGGCUGGGUGAGCAAUUCCCACAUGUUAGAAUAUAUAAGAUGUUUACAGAGGAAGGGCAAAGCACAUUGGGCCCAUUUGAUGUCAGCGCUGUGCCAAUCUUCUUUUUCCUUCGAAAAGGAGUGAAGGUAGCUGAGAUUGUCGGAGUUGAUAUUGCACGGCUGAAAGAGACAUUUGGAAAGCUCUACAGUCAGGAGGAAUCUCAAGAUGGUGGGGCUGCUCGAGAUAUGAAAUGUUCAUCUGGAAGAAGCAAAAGGGCAGCAACUCGAGCUAGGAAAGAUGAUAAAGAUUCUUCAAGGAUUGCUCUCAUCAAAUCAAAUGCUCAAUUUCAUAAGUUACUUCGCAAAGUUAAAGUUGAAUCUCUGCCAGCAGUAUUUUUCUUCAGUACAGCCUACGAUGAUUCUUGUGCAAGGAUAGCUCCAAGCGUUCGAGAGUUGAGCGAACGAUUCCCACAUGUAACGGUUAAUAAGAUUGGGCUGAAGGAAGUUGAUAGCCCAGUACGCAAGUUCAAUGUCCGCUAUUUGCCAACGUUUAUUUUCUUCCAAAAUGGGAAGAAGGUAUGUGAAAUUAUUGGUGCUGAAGUCGCACAGCUGAAAGACAGAUUUACAAAAUACUAUAGUCAUGAUAGCGGUGAUUUGGAUGAUAAAGAUAAGAAAGGCAAGGAAUUGUUGCGGGCGGGGUAAAUGUGGGGGGAGGUGCUGCAAACUAGGUGACGGAGUCAUGGCGUUGUUGAGGUGGUUGAGAGCAGGAGUACGGCAAGUGGCAACAUCUAUUUCCUGGAGUGAUGCUAGGCACUUGAGUCUUCACCUCGGUAGACCCUGUUCUAACUUACAUGACUUGAUUCUAAAAUUUGUGCGAAAUGCGUAGGACGCAUUUACAUUAUGAGCCUUAAAUAUUAUGUUAUUUUACAUUAUGAAAGUGUACGAGGAGUAUUUAUCAAAUGUAGCUAAAUAUUAGCCCCUAAUUUCAAAAAUAGAAGUGAUGUCAACUUAAUCACCGGCUAUUUUUUUUUCGAGGAAUGACUAUUUAAUCUUGUUUGUUGUUUUUUAUUUCCCUCCAUCUGAUGGCUAAAAA